UUUUAUAGAUAAGGAAGCUUGCUGCAUCCGUCACUUUAAAACGAAACUAAAAGUUUAAGAAAUUUUUACUUUUGUGAUUAAAAUAUAUUUCAUUGAAAAAAUGACUGAGAGUGAUUCUGGAGUUGAUACUGGUAGUGAAAGCAAUGAAAGUAACUGCAUGUCAGUGGGCUCUCCAUCUUGCUUAGACGAUGAUAAGGAUAUACAUGAUUUUGUGGAGAAAGCCCAUCCUCAUUAUUCUUCAUUAGUGGUGCCUUUUGGUAAUUUACAGCCUGCAACUUGUAGUUAUGGUUUUAGUGACUACCGACAACAGGAACAAGUGCGUAAAAUUAAGCCAGGACUAAGACGGAAGAAUGCAGUUCGAUGGAAACAACAACCAAUUCCUGAUAUUGAAAAUCUUAUUGGGGAAAGGAGACUUCGUGCUGCUGCCAAUAACAAUGAUAUUGAAACAGUUAAAAACUUGUUAGAUAGUGGUAUUGAUCCUUGUACUGCUGAUGGCAGGCAGAGAAGUGCCUUGCAUUUUGCAGCAGCUGGAGGUCAUACAGCAAUUGCUCGAUUGUUGAUUGAAAGAGGAGCAGAUCCUAAUCAACGUGAUUCUGUUGGAAAUACACCUUUACAUUUAGCUGCCUGUACUACUCGCAUUGAAAUGGUGACUUUAUUGCUGAAAGCAGGCACUGAUAUAAAUGCUUUAGAUUACUCAGGACGUUCACCAUUCCAGUUAGCACAGUCAAAAUUAAAACUUCUUCAAAGAAAUACAGAAUAUUCAUCUGAGCAGCUGAAAAGGGAGGUGACCCAUGUUUUAGAAAUGAUGCAAGUUUAUCUUCAAAGAUCUGGUAGGUCUGGUGAAAUAGACUUCAUUAAUACAUUUUCUAGUAGACUUCAUCAUCAUCAAACCAGAGAAGAGGUUGAUACUGAUGUUAAGGAUUUGCUGUCCAGCCUUUCUCAUCUAAAUCUCCAAGCUGCUUAAUUUGGACGUCAUAUUUUGCUCCAUUUUGUAUUUGUGUGGGAAGGGGGGAGAGAAGGAAUUAUAUAUUUAAAUGUGCUAGAAAAGGCAUUUAUUAUAUUCUUAUUCUUUUUAUCUUGAUCUCUGAUAAAUUUUUUCACUAUGCUAAUUAUUAACAUGUUUCUCUAUAUUUAUUGUUCACAUUGUAAUAAAUUGCCAUGUUGGUAAUAAAAUUUAAUUUUCUUUUUAUUAUGAAAUAAUACAUCUUGUUUCAAUAUUAUUACUUGCCAAAAUUGUUUUAUUAAUUUCUCCAAAAUUUGGAUUCU